GAUAGUACCCCUCCUCCAUACACGCUUCUAGCAAUUAAAGCUUCCCCUCUUUCUCUUUCUCUCUCUCUGUCUGCUUCAACUAAACUUUCCCACUCCUAAUCAAACCCUUUUCUUUUUCUCUUUCUGCUUCAUUUCCACUUUUCUUGACUCUGUUUAGCCAACAAGCUUUGCCCUCUAACUUCCUUCUUCUUAUUGUUAUUAUUACACAUUACACAGCCAGAAAGAAAAAAGAAAAGAAAAGUGGAUAUGUGUAUUGCGUGCAACGCUUUUUUAGAUCUUUAACCGCAUUUUAUGGAUCUAUAACCCUACACACGCGCAUUAUUUUACUCUUCUCUUUCUUUUUUUGUUUCUCUCUCCUAGGGUUUCAGUGUUUCCUUUUCUAAUUUUUAACUGCUUUAGUUAUGCUGCUGCUGCAGCAAUUUCUCAAUGUGACUGAUACUACUGCACAAUGCGAUGAUGGAGAGGUUCGCCGGAACCCUAAGGACAACUUCCGGUGGAUCUUCGACGUGUCUGUUCUUUGUUUUUGACGUUGGUCUUUGUGGAUUUUGGUUUGACUUGAAGAGAGCGAGAGAGAGAGAAGAUGCUUCCAUACUUUGCUCUCUUCCUUCUUUGCUUGCCUGCCUUUCUUUUUACAUCUUUAGGACAUCCUUUACUGCAUAUGCGGUUCUCUCUUUUGCAGCCAGAUUGGCAAUUAUCUAUGAAAGGAAUUUUAGCUGAAAAAGGAAUGGUUUCAAUGAGUGUACCAUUUGCUCAAUCACAGCCACCUCGUAUGCAUGCGGUCAAGCCUUCCUUUGGUCCUUCCUCGGCACCUGCACUCUCUCCUGCUCAUCAAGCAUCUGCUUCCAGUCCUCGCACUGCCCCCUCACCAAGACGCCAUGGUCAUCAUCACCAUCGUCGCCGUGUGAAGCCUAUUAUUAUUGCUCCAUCCCCUUCAGAAGACCAAGGCUGUGAUCAAGUUUGCAUUGAGCCACUUACAGCAACUCCAUUUGGUUCACCUUGUGGCUGUGUUUUUCCUAUGAAAGUCAGGCUUCUUUUAGAUGUGGCUCCUUAUGCUAUUUUUCCUGUAAUGAAUCAGCUGGAGAUUGAGGUUGCAGCUGGCACAUAUUUGGAACAAAGUCAAGUGAAAAUAAUGGGUGCCAGUGCUGAUAGUCAAAAUCAAGGGAAAACAGUAGUGGAUAUUAACUUGGUUCCACUGGGAGAGAAAUUUGAUAAUACCACUGCAAUACUGACAUACGAUAGAUUUUGGCAUAAAAAGGUGCCUCUAAAUGAUACUCUUUUUGGUGAUUAUGAAGUGGUAGCCAUUAGUUAUCCAGGGAUUCCUUCUUCACCACCAUACCCAGAUUACAUGGGGAGUGGUCCAAGUGGAAGUGCUGGAAAUCUCCCCAUCACUGCAAAUUUCGUGGGGAAAAGCCAGAAAAUGAACUUUAGAACCAUUGCGAUAAUUGCUUUAUCAGCAUUUGUAGUCUUACUGGUUUUCAUUGGAGCGGUCUUCAUUUUCAUAAGAUGGAGAAAGUUUGGAAGGCCAUCAAGUGCUGUUGGUCCUGGAUUUACAUCUUCCAUAAACAAAAGACCUGGCAUUGGGUCUUUCCUAUCAAGUAGUAUUGCAAGCUCAACUUCGAUGUCACUCAUGUCAACCAUGGCUACAUGUAUGCUCUCUGUUAAAACAUUUCCAUACGCUGAGCUUGAGAAAGCAACAGAAAAGUUCAGUUCAAAGAGGAUCUUGGGUGAAGGGGGGUUUGGACGUGUUUAUCGUGGAACAAUGGAAGAUGGAGCUGAAGUUGCAGUUAAACUACUUACACGAGACAAUCAGAAUGGAGACCGUGAAUUUAUUGCAGAAGUUGAGAUGUUAAGCCGAUUGCAUCACCGCAAUCUUGUGAAAUUGAUUGGUAUUUGCAUAGAAGGACGGACACGGUGCUUGGUCUAUGAACUUGUUCACAAUGGCAGUGUUGAAUCCCACUUGCAUGGCUUGGACAAGAGUAAAGGACCCCUUGACUGGGAUUCCAGGUUGAAAAUUGCCCUUGGAGCAGCUAGGGGAUUGGCCUAUCUUCAUGAAGAUUCUAAUCCUCGAGUAAUUCAUCGAGAUUUUAAGGCUAGUAAUGUUUUGCUUGAAGAUGACUUCACUCCCAAGGUCUCUGAUUUUGGCCUGGCAAGGGAAGCAACUGAAGGAAGUCAUCAUAUUUCUACAAGGGUCAUGGGAACUUUUGGGUAUGUUGCCCCUGAAUAUGCAAUGACAGGGCAUCUGCUUGUCAAGAGUGAUGUUUAUAGUUAUGGGGUUGUGUUGCUUGAGCUUCUAUCUGGAAGAAAACCUGUGGACAUGUCCCAACCUCAGGGACAGGAAAAUUUAGUAACUUGGGCGCGGCCGUUGCUGACCACUAGAGAAGGACUGGAGCAACUGGUGGAUCCUUCCUUGGAAGGAACUUAUGACUUUGAUGACAUGGCAAAGGUGGCAGCCAUUGCUUCAAUGUGUGUUCAUCCAGAGGUGACCAACAGACCUUUUAUGGGUGAAGUGGUUCAGGCUUUAAAGCUGAUUUACAAUGACAUGGAUGAAACUUGCGGAGAUUACUGUAGUCAAAAGGAGUCAUCUGCUCUAGAAUCGGACUUUAAAGGUGAUCUAGCUCCUUCUGAUAGUAGUUGGUGGAAUGCCGGUGGGCUGUCCCCUGUAUUAACUUAUGGGCAGGCCUCUUCUUUCAUCACAAUGGAGUAUAGUUCAGGUCCACUUCAAGAGAUGGAAAACAGGCCGUUUUCAGCGUCAAGUUUGGGGGGAGAUCAGUUGAAUUUAGCUAUUAGGCAGGGGAAUAGAUCAGGGCCCUUGAGAACAGUACGAAGUAAACCGUCAUUUUAUAGAUCAAGAGGGAGCAUGAGUGAGCAUGGAGGACUCCUUUCGAGGCGAAACUGGAAUGACGGAUAUUGGGCAUGACAUGAUGUUUGUUCUCGAGUGCGGUGGUCUCCCAAGUGUACAGAUCCGAAUGUCUUUGAUUGAUGUAGUUUUAGGCGUUUGGGAAUUUUAAAUGUUUGAUGAGACCUUUGCUUCUGAUUUAAAAAGAAAAAAGGGGGAAGAAAAUCUUGAUUCAUUGUUUUACACAAAAGAUGGAGAUUGUAUUAUAUAUCUGUUCUUAAUUGUUUCUCAAGAUCCGCUACUGUAUCAAACUUGCAGCAACUUUUUGGCACGCCGUUUAUUCAUCUGGAAAUCAAGUCUACUCGUCGGCAAUUACUACCUUUUAGAAGUGCAAUAAAUUCUUUUACUAAUA